GCCCAAUUAAUUUGAAUCCUGGGUCGACUAAAAGGGAAACAAAAAUCAGGUGUUACGCAAAUGAUCAGAUGCUACGUGGCCUCCUCUCUUUCACUAUUUCAUCCAACAUACACGGCGUGAUUGAGCAAAACUACGAAAAUUUAAAGCAGAGAAUUGUGAAGGAAAGGAAAAAUGGCAGUUGUUACAGUGUUAAGGGGCGUCUCUUAUGGGCGCUUACCACUACUCCCCAGUUCUCAGUUGCCAAUUAUAAGUGUCACAGCUAGACCAAGAAACAUUGGUUAUGGGAAUCGUCCAAAUGUUUUAAGAAUAUCUGCUCGUUAUUCACAGGCACAGGAUCUAUUCACUACUCGUCUUCAAGAUCGUCUAGAGAACUUGCCCAAACUUGUGGAGGAUAUUGUACAAACAUCUCUAAACACAGGUCCUCGUGGAGCCUUAAGGUUAGCUCAGGGUGUCCAAGCUGUAGUUGGAGUAGGCAGUGAGUGGCUGCAAGACAUAUCUAAGAUGGCAAACUCAUCCACGGGACUACCAACUGAGCUGCAGCUUGGGCUAUUAUCUCCCCUAUAUUUGAGGAAAUUGUUUGAACGCAUGGGUGCAACUUAUAUCAAAUUAGGUCAGUUUAUUGCAUCUGCACCCACGUUGUUUCCACCAGAGUAUGUUCAAGAAUUCCAAUACUGUUUUGACAGGGCUCCUGCAGUUCCUUUUGAAGAGAUCCAAAAAAUCAUGCGUGAAGAACUAGGCAGACCAAUUGAUACCGUGUUUGAAUAUAUUGAUCCCACACCACUUGCCUCUGCAUCAAUUGCUCAGGUGCAUGGUGCAAGAAUAAGAGGCACAGGAGAGGAUGUAGUGAUAAAGGUUUUGAAACCUGGAAUAGAAGAUAUUUUGGUAGCAGAUCUGAACUUUAUUUACGUUGUAGCACGUAUCCUGGAGUUUUUGAGUCCUGAUCUAAGCCGUGCAUCUCUGGUUGCUAUUGUCAAAGACAUACGAGAAUCAAUGCUAGAAGAAGUUGACUUCAACAAGGAGGCUACAAAUAUUGAGUCAUUUAGGAGGUAUUUAGAAGCCAUGGGACUUACUAUGCAGGCCACUGCUCCAAAAGUCUACCGUCAAUGUAGUACUAAGCGUGUUCUGACGAUGGAGAGGCUAUAUGGCGUACCUUUGACAGACUUAGACUCUAUUAAGUCACUGGUUUCUAGUCCUGAGACCAGUCUUAUUACUGCCCUAAAUGUUUGGUUUGGAAGUCUGCUCGCCUGUGAAUCUUUCCAUGCUGAUGUACAUGCCGGCAAUUUGUGGCAAUUACGUGAUGGGCGUAUUGGGUUCCUUGACUUCGGAAUUGUUGGUCGUAUAUCUCCAAAGACGUGGGCUGCUAUGGAAGUAUUUCUGCAAUCUAUAUCCAUUGAAGAUUAUGAGUCGAUGGCAUCUGCUCUAAUUGACAUGGGUGCUACUGGAAAGGAUGUGGACUCAAAGGCUUUUGCGAGGGACUUGGAGAAAAUAUUUUUGUCAAUUCAGGAUUUAGAUACAGAAAUCAUUGUUGCUGCUGCCAGGGACACAAAUACAAAUGCGACCACCGUCGCUGCCAAUGUAGCAUUUGAUGAGAGACAGAUGAAUGCACUAUUUCUGGACGUGGUUAGAGUAAGUGAAUCUUACGGAUUGAAAUUUCCUCGUGAGUUUGCACUUCUGAUGAAGCAACUUCUCUAUUUUGACCGCUACACCAGAUUGUUAGCUCCAAAUAUGAACAUGUAUCGAGAUCAGAGGAUCAAGCUCGUCUCAAAUCAAACACGAAGGAACAUAUACCAAUGAUGAUUGUAAGUCACACCAAAGGAUUGUUGCCCUUCCUGAGAUUUUCUAAUAUACUGUAGCUUAUCAAAAGAAAAUAAGUUUCUACUAUACUGUAUAUAAACGUUACCAUCAACUUUACACAAUAGAGGGGAAAAGAAAUUGUAUCAUAUUUUUCUGAUGUAUGAUGUUGGUUGAUGUGGAUCCCAUAUUUGUGGGAAGAGAAAUUUGAAAUAGAACUUUGAAUAUUUGUUCA